CUGAAUGUGCCAUUCGUAAUAUCAAGACAUUCUGCCUGACUGAAGAGGAAUGACAUGAACAUAUAACCUGCUGUAUCUCAAACCAGCAUCACCUUUGGAGAUUCUGAAUAUCACAUAGUGAGAUGAGGACACUGCUGCUGAUUCUCGGGUUGCUGAAACUCUCGACAGCAGAGACUGACCCGUGUGUAAAUCACAAAGUACUAAAUGAUGCUUGGAGGAGCAUAGAUUGCAAUAGUACUCAAUGUUCCAAUGAGGUGAAGAGCGAUAAUGAACUCGAGAGUGGAUGGUACAGGUUUAACAGUUCCGGUGGAUGGAAAAUGCCAGAGACUGCUGUUCCAUCACAUCAUUGCUCCACAGAAGCUCCAGGCUGGUUAAAAGGUACUCAUCCCACCGAGUCCCAGGGAAAAACGGAUGGCACAGUAUGUUUCAACUGGAAAGGCAACAUCUGCCGUUGGACCGAACAGAUAACGAUUCAAAACUGUUCCAAUUACUUUGUGUAUUAUUUGAAGAAAACAAGAAAACAAACAAAGAAAGCAAAACGCGCUUACUGCACAGUUUCAGAAUCUGGAAACACUGACCCGUGUGUGUCUCACAAAGUGUUGGUAGAUCCCUGGAGAAGUUUGAAUUGCACUGAGACUGAAUGUACUGGUAAAGCAGAAUGUGAUGUGCAACUUAAACACGGAUGGUAUCGAUUCAAAAGCUCCGGUGGAUGGAAGAUGCCAGAGGUGGCUGUCCCACCACGUCACUGCUCGACACAUGGAACAGCGUGGUUACAGGGUUCUCAUCCCACCGUGGCCGAUGGGGAAGUGACCAGGAGAGUGUGUAUAAACUGGGAUAAAAAUCAAUGUUACUGGGUCCAUGAGAUAAAGAUCAAAAACUGCAGCAGUUACUUUGUUUAUGAACUGAAGGCGUUGCCUCACUGUGCUGCCUACUGCACAGAUCCAAACACUGCUGAAAAUGGGAACGACACGACAUAUUCAACUCAGAAACCGACAGAAAGUUCUUCAUCAAACAGAGCAGUGACGGCAGAAACAGUUCCAAAACUUCUAACAAGUCAUGGAGCUGUCGGUAAAACAACUCGAACGUCCUCUGAAAUAUCAUCUUCCAAACCCAUUUCAUCUUCUGUACCAUAUUCAGAUCCAAACACCGCUGAAAAUGGGAACGACACGACAUAUUCAACUCAGAAACCGACAGAAAGUUCUUCAUCAAACAGAGCAGUGACGGCAGAAACAGUUACAAAACUUCAAACAAGUCAUGGAACUGUCGGUAAAACAACUCCAACGUCCUCUGAAAUAUCGUCUUCCAAACCCAUGUCAUCUUCUGCGCCAUAUUCAGAUCCAAACACUGCUGAACAUGGGGACGACACGACAUAUUCAACUCAGAAGCCGAUGGAAAGUUUAUCAUCAAACAGAGCAGUGACCGCAGAAACAGAAUCAACAAGCCCUGCAACAGAACCACCUACUGAGUGCAAACGAGCAGAUGAUGAACAUUUAACACCAGUGAUGCUGGACUUGUCAGAGGAAGAUUGUGAACAUAUCAAUGGCCAUGCUCAAGUGAUGUACGUUGGCAGGAACAAGCUGGACACUUCUGACUAUCUUGAAAAGGUACAGAUGAUGCUGAAAGAUCAUCUCCCAUGCAAGAAUCUGCUGCCAAAACUCGGAGAAAAGGAAAAAAAGCACUAAUGACCACUAAAGUGAAGAAUAUUCAGUGGUUACGUAACAACUGAGAACUGGACCAAUGAGUAGGAUGUAGUCGGGGUAGGGCAUUGGUGGACUGGAAUUGUUGGGUGAAGGUGUUUGUGAUAUUGUGUGGCGUAUGUGUAAUUGUGUUGGUGGAGGGGAUUUUAUGCACUGUGAGAGGUGCAUUAUUGUGUCCGUGAAGACACUUUUCAUACACUGUGGAGGGUGGAUUAUUGUGUUUGCAAACAUGCUUUUAAUAUUGUGAGAGGUAUGGCUUAUUGUGUUGGUGAAGGGAUAUAUGAUAUGUCGUGUUUGUUGGAGUAUUUUGCAUAUCAGACUUUUACAGGGGAAGAAGGAAGACGUGAACAAUGUGAAAACUCGGGAUCUGCAGAGAAAAGCAAAGUCAAUUUCGAUUCUUUUCUUUUACUUUACAGACAACAGGGCAAUCACAAGGGGACCCCAUCCAAUAAAAAAAAGACGAAUUCUUAAUUCAUGCUGCCUUUCAAUAAGACACAGAAAUAGACACAUGUCAUUUCUCUCAAAGGACUGUAGAAACAAAUUGAAGAGUGGGGUUAAUGGUAGAUUAUUUUUAAAAGGAACAGUUGUGAUUGCACUUAAUGCCGUUCUCCGGAGAACGAAUUUUUUGUCCCUUCUUCUAACUCAAACAGCAAGAAACUUUAUUUCAUUAACAGAUUUGAGGGUGUGAAUUUAAUUCAAGCAUUCCGAGAGUUUUUGUUCUGUAUGGGCUCACUGAGACUAUUAGUAAGGGAAGCUGCAAAGGAGCAAAAUUGACAUGUCUGCAUUAGCACGUUGCCAGUAUAUUGGAGGAAGUUCAGUCGGGACAAGGGCUUGCCUCAUGAAGAAUGCAGCAUGGCAGUACACAGCUGGAAGGAACAGCUCUGAAUGGAGGCUGCAUAAGCCCGUGUUGAUUACUGUGAGCAACCAUGUCGAGCAAUAUGUAUGAUUGAGAGAGGCAUGGUCGUGGUGAUGAGGAAACAGGUGUCUCCCUUCGAAUAAGGAAUACCAAAAAAUGGGCACAUUGUUUAACCGUGAAAUACAGGAUGGUCACAGGGGGCAAAAAAGAAAACCCAGAAGUGGUGAUAUUCUGAAACGCUUUGCCUUGGAGAGUAGUCAACUUUUAGCCAAUACUUGCAUGAACACUAGUGUCUUAAUUUUCAAGGCUAUUGGCCGAGUGUGCAAGUGGGACCCCUUUUGAUAUGGUACAGCUAAGUUAGCAGAGAUUCGAUGGAUCAAGGUGCCUCUUCUGCAUUGUGUUAUUCUAAGAUUCUAUGAAAGAGGUUGGGAGACAUGCACGAGUAAGGACUCACAUAAGAUCACCAGAGAUUGCAACAUAUUUGAAGAAUGUCUGGUCGCUGCCGUUUGAUAUUUGAAUAGAAAAUAAAACAGAUUUGAGAGUGACUUAAAAAUCAAUAUGUUUAUAACAGAGAAACGAACAUCAACACUUGGGAUCAUAGACAUUAAAAUAUUAUCACAAAAAUGUUGCACACAACAGUCACUUGCGAAUUUCUCUUCCAUUUAUUUCAAUGUUUCAUUUGUUAAAAGCUGGUCUCUGGAAAUAUAAGGAAACUUGUAAAAAAAACUAUUUUUAAAAAAGUUGCUGAGACAAUACACGGCAAAAAAGUCUGACAAGUCAUUCAGAGGAGCAAGCAUAAUUAAUCAGAUAUUGUAUCGAUUUCUAAAAUUCUUUCCUCAGCAUUAUCCUUAUCAAAACUGUUCAUCCAUUUGACAACUUCCUGCUGUACAUUUGAAGAUGUCACCUGGAUUUGAUAAAUUAGCUAAAUAUCUGGAACAUUACUCUGCAAAUUAAAUGAACACUGAUUGAACCAUAUUGAAGCAUCAAUUCAAAUUUCAUAGUUUUAAGAAUUUUGGUUUGUUUGUGUAUUUCGUUAAGUUUGCUUAAUAAAUGAAU